ACAUGGAUAUGUUUCCACACAUAGGAGAGACACAGGCCCGAGGGCACAGCUCAGAGUGAAGGGGUCUCCCUUAAGAACUGAGAUAAGGAGGAAUUUCUUCAGCCAGACAGUGGUGAAUCUGUGGAACUUAUUGCAGCAGAACGCUGUGGAGGCCAAGUCAUUGAGCGUACUUAGGACAGAGAUAGAUUCUUGAUUUGUGAGGGGAUCACGGAUUACACAGAGAAAAUAGGAGAAUGGGGGUGAGAAACAAAGCAGCCACGAUCUAAUGGCAGAUCACACUUGAUGGGGUGCAUGGCCUAAUUCUCCCAUAACUUCUAGUCUAUGGUGAUUCCCCGACCCUUUUCUCCCCAAAGGUUUUCAACCUCUUUCCCUCACCCCUCUCUCCCUCACUCCUUUACCAGCCUCCUACCUCCAUUCUCUCGUGUUUUGUUGUUUUCUCUCUCUCUCUCCCCCGGAGUUUUCCUUCCUUCUCUUGCUGCUCUUUCCUGCCUGUCAGUUUGUCUCUGGCCUCCCGUGUUUCUCAUUUCCCCCUCGCUGGUCUCUUUUCGUGCCCCCCGUCUUUUUUUUCCUCUCUCAAUCCUCCUCUCUCUCUGUCCCUCACUGCCCCGGUCCUUUCUCCCUGUCUCUGAUGUUUCUCCCUCUCCCUGUGUGCGUCCUUUUCGCGUUUCCCUUCUCUCGUGUUUCUCUCCUUCCUUUCUUCUCUCCCUCUCGCCUGGCUGCGGAAAUGACACAGAGUCACGUCACGGAGCAGACACCCGGAGUAACAGAGAGAGAGAGAGAGAGAGAAAAACACGGCUCCAUUUUCCACAGGCGGCCGGGGAGGGAGCUCCGCUUGACUCAGCCGGAGCGGCCAGGUAGAAAAUGAACAUUGCGGAGCAGAAUGGGGGACCUGGACCCAGAGUAAUAUUCAUAGUUCGAAAUCCUUCAGUCAGUACGAAUGAAGAGUUAGGAAAAGGAGCACAAGUGACAAAGGUCAAUAUUGGCAAGGUCAAAUCAGAAAUUAGCAGUGAAGAUGAUGUGGGUAGUGCCAGUCUAGAUCAAGCUGCAGAGCCUAACUGUGUACAGGAUACAGCAAAACAAAAACAGUUACAGAAUGGCUCUGGUAAGAUGACUCCAGAAUGUGAGAGUCCCAUCAUCCAUAAAAGGAGGAGAAUUACCUGUGAGGACAGGUUUGCAAGUCUAAAUGGCUCAGAGUCUUCAGUACCUUCCCAGAGAAACUCAGAUGUUGCAUGUAAAGUUGAGGAGGCCAGUAUGGAUGUGUUGAUGGAAAGUAAAGAUGCUCCUCAGGACAUGCCAUCAUACAGGAAACCACUGUAUAGCAUCUCACACAAAAUCUCUGAUCGACGAAAUACUCAGGCUGUGGACGAGCAAGCAACAGGCGAGGCUUCAGAAAGAGGUUACCUCAACACUUUGUUACAACAGCGAAACCUCACUGACACCUGCAAGAAUUACUCUUCAGUCUUGCCAGCCCAUGGGUCUGAUGUUGAUUCAACUCUGUACUCGCUGAUCCAUAAAAUGUUUUUCACUCUCAAUACGUUGAACUCGACUAUGACCCAACUGCACAGCAAAAUCGACUUGCUGUCACUGGAGGUGAACAGAAUUAAAAAGCACGUGAACCCUGGCGAAUCAGUGGUGGAGUUCCUGCCUCCUGCAGAGUACCAGCUCAACAACGCUGAACUCAAGCAGGUCCUGGAAGAGAGCUCCUCCCCGGGAGACUUUGCCUGUCGACUGCUGGUGCAGCUUUUUCCAGAGCUCUUCGCCGAAGACGAGGUCAGCAGGGGCUGCAAUGCGUGUGGCUCCAUGCCUGAGAAGAAGCUGGGCUCACUCCAUCUCCAGCUGAUCAGGAACUACAUUGAGGUCUGCUAUCCGUCAGCCCGAAACGGUGAUGUCUGGCAGGUUCAAUGCUUGCCACAGAUAAGUGACUUUUUUAACCAGUUUUGGGCGCAGAAAGAAAUGGAGAGCAGUCAACAAAGCACCAAGGUGAUUGGCUUUUAUGAGUCAGACCCUGGUGCAGAACAACCACAGCCUAACUGUUACGUCGACAACAGCACGCAGGAUGAGCAAUUGUCCUUUGAUUUCUCCAGCAGUAUAAGCUCAAACUUGGUUUUGGAACCCCAGGAGAUAAGUGAGUAUUUGGAUGAAGCUUCGUCUCCUGGAGAAUUUUCCAUUUUGCUGGCACACAGACUGUUUCCAGAGCUCUUUGAUGGAAGGCGUUUGGCCUUACAGUCCAGCUGUUCUGGUUCAUCUGCAAAGCAGAUGCUUGAUCCACAGCGGCUGCAGAUUGUCCGGAAGUAUGUGGAGAUCUACUUCCCCGAGGUGCAAGAGGACAAGGUUUGGCUGCAACAGGUUGUCCAGAAAAUGGACGAAGAGCUCGCGAAUUCUGAUGGCAGCGAAUCUGAAAUUUUCAGGAAUGAGAGUCACUGUUCCCCGAACAUCUCCACAGUUGGGAGCAGCGAUGGCUGCGACUUUGAUAAAUCUAUUCAGAAGUUCAAAAAGAUCUGGCUAAUGCCCAUCGAUUUCAACAGCAUCGUCGUACCCCUUCCAGACUUCGAGGUCCCUUGCCCAGAUUACGUGCUCAGCAAGCAGCAGCUAAAAAACAUAUACGAGAGCAGCUUAUCUAUUGGAAAUUUUGCCUCCCGGUUGUUGGUGCGGUUGUUCCCUGAGCUCUUUACACCAGAUAACUUGCGAAAGCAGUAUAAUUGCAGCGGCUCCCUCGGCAAAAAGCAGCUGGACCCAGUCCGUAUAAAACUCAUCAGGCAUUACGUGCAGCUGAUGUAUCCCCGAGCCAAGUGUGACAAGGUGUGGAAUCAAGAAUUUGUUUCAAAGCUAGACGAGAGGUGCCGCCGCAGGGACACAGAGCAAAGGCGUGUUUAUCAACAGCAGAGAAAGAAGACCAUCUUUGGCCCUGAGAAGGAAGAACCCACAACAUCGGUGCAACCAGAGCAAGUCAGGAAAGAAGCGAUACUGCUGGCCCCGGAGACGCCCGACCGGUACCAUAGGAAAUUCUGUAAAGUAGCACUUGAUGAACUCACCAUGCCUGCUGUUGAUUUCCCAGUCCCGAGCAAACAUCUGCUUUCUGCUAAAGAAUUGAAGGAAGUCGUGCAGGACAGCCUGUCAAUUGGGAACUUUGCUGCCCGACUUCUGGUCAGGAUCUUCCCAGAGUUGUUUACUCCUGAAAACCUCAGGCUACAGUACAACCAUUCGGGUGCGUGUAACAAGAAACAGUUGGAUCCAAUCCGCCUGAAGCUCAUUCGCCAUUACGUGGAAGCAGUUUACCCACGGGCCAGGAAUGAUCAAGUGUGGCACCUCGAGUGCAUACCUAGCAUUGACGAGAGGUGUAGGAGGCCCGACAGGAGGAAGUCCAAGGUGGUGGCAAAAUCCAAAGAUAAGAAAAAAUGAACUGCUCUCAUUUAAGGGUUAAACAGGUUCACUGCAAAGUCAUGACAAAUAUGUGAAGUUUUCAACUGGCGUAGAUAAGCUAAAAAUAUUUUUUAAAACUUCGAAUGAAUGAAAAGUACCAGUUCAGAAAAGAAACCCACACUGGGAUUUAUCAUCUUCUAUUUAUUUUAUGUUUGAUUCAUCUCUUUUCAAUCCAUAUCCAAGAAUAAAUGAAUUAUUUGAUCUGGCACAGAGUCUUUAUGCUGUUGCUAUGACUGGAGAGGAAACACUGAAAUAAAACAAAGAAGAAAAUCUGCCCGGUUACCUUUUGUUUCUGUCACGAAAGGGAAAGAUUUAAGUUUUGCUGGAAAAAGACACGACGUUUCAAAGCUUUUCAUCAGGACAGUUCGCAAGAAGUACUAAUGUAAAGAGAAAUCCACAUUUAUACUGUAUGAGAGGAGAGGGCUGAUUAGUUGUUCAUUAGACUCUGGUUUGUAGAGGCAUUACAAUGGACAGUGUUUCAGUUAGUAAUGACUGACAGUUAACUUCCAAAAUUUAUUUAAAUUUUAAACUAGACAAGCUGACACUGAUACGUCAAGGCAUUUCCCUGAUAGCACUAAAUCGGUUGCUUGUUUAAUUCUUCUCAUACUCAAGGGUUAACAUAUGCUGUCCAAUUGUGAAAUGAGCAGCCUAAUUUUAGAUACUGUCAUGUGCUACAUUAGUAAUUUGGAUGAUGAGCAGAAUGUCUCUUUUUAUUUAAUGGUAGCAUUUUGUGAGUGAUGAACACUGCUCCACUGCUGCAUGGUAGCUGUGUCAAAUAACUAGCUUCACCUGUUGCUCAGGCUUUGAAGAUACCAUACUAUUUCAGGUCAUCUGAAGUACAUUGGGUACACAGGUGUAGGUAAAGUCAGAAGACACACGACACCAGUUUACAGUCCCAACAGAUUUAUUUGAAAUCACAAGUUUUCGGAAUGCUACUGCUUUGUCAGGUGAAAUGGCCUUAGUUGACAUUGGACUGCUGGAAAAUAAAGCGGGAGAAGUAGCCAUGUGGAACGAAGAAAUGGCGGCGGAGCUGAAUGCGUGCUUUGCAUCAGUUUUCACAGUAGAAGACACCAGCAGCAUGUCAGAACUUCAAGAGACUGAGGGGCAGGGGCGAGUGCACUGGCCAUCACUAAGGAAAAGGUGCUAGGGAAACUGCAGGGACUGAAGUUGGAUAUAUGCCUGGACUGGAUGGACUACACAUUGCGGUUCUGAAGAAGCUGAGGAGAUCGUAGAGGCAUUGCUGGUGAUCUUUCAGGAAUCAGUGGAGUCAGGGAGAGUCCCAAAGAAUUGGAAAAUGGCUAAUACUAGCAACUCUGUUUAAAAAGGCAGGGAUGAUGUGGAGGUGCUGAUGUUGGAUAGGGUUGGACAAAGUCAGAAUUCACAUGACACCAGGUCAUAGCCCAACUGGCUUAUUUGAAAACACAAGCUUUUGGAGCAUAACCCCUUUAGCAAGGUGAAGGGAGGGGGGGCAGAAGAUAGGAAGUUGUAGGCCAGUUAGCUUUACCUUGGUCAUCAGUAAAAUUUUAGAGUCCAUUAUUAAAGAUGACAUUGAAGAGUACUUAGGAAUACUUUUUAAAACAGGACAGAGUCAGUAUGGCUACAUCAAAGGAAUGUCAUGCAUGACAAAUCUUGUGUAAUUCUUUGAGGAGGUAACAAGCAAGUUAGACAAAGGAGAGUCAGUGGAUGCGAUCUAUUUGGAUUUCCAGAAUGCUUUUGACAAGAUGUCUCACAGGAGGCUGCUAAACAAGAUAAAAGCCCAUUGUGUUAGCGACAAGAUAUAGUGGGGGUUGGCUGACUGGCAGAAUACAAGGUGUGAGGAUAAAGGGAUGUUUUACAGAUUGGUAGCCAGUGACUAGUGAAAUUCUGCAGGAGGCGGUGUUGGGACCACAAAUAUCAACAUUGUACAUUAAUGAUCUGGACAAAGGAACUGUGGGCAUUCUUGCUAAGUUUGCGGAUGAUACUAGGAUCACUGGAAGAACAGGUAGUUUUGAGAAGGCCGGGAGGCUGCAGGGUAUGGGCAGGCUAAAGAGAGUGGGCAAAGACAUGGCGGAUGGAACAUGGUGUGGGAAAGUGCAUGGUUUUGCUCUUUGGUAGGAAGAGUAGAAAUGUAAAUUAUUUUAUGAAUGGGGAAAGGCUUCAAAAAUCUGAAGCACAGGGAUUUGGGAAUCCUAGUUCAGGAUUUUAAAGUUAACAUGCAUGUUCGGUUGGCAGUUAAGAAGGCAAAUGAGUUGUUAGCAUUCAUUUCAAGAGGACUAGAAUACAAGAGCAGAAAUCUAUUGCUGAAGCUGUAUAAGGCUCUGGUCAGACUGCAUUUGCAAUAUUGUGAACAGUUUUGGGCAUUGAAGGGAGUCCAAAAGAGGUUUACAAGAAUUAUCUCAGAAAUAAAGGGCUUGUCAUGUGAGGAAGGACUGAGGAUUCUGGAUAUGUAUUUGAUGGAGUUUAGAAGGAUAAGGGGAAAUAAAAUGCUUCCACUAGUGGGAGAAACUAAGACCCAAGGGCAUAGGGUUGGAGAGAAGGGACAACCCUUAUGGACUGAGAUGAGGAGGAAUUUCUUUUGCCAGAGGGUGAUUAAUCUGUGCAAAAGAAUGCUGUGGAGGCGAAGUCAUUGAGUGUAUUUAAGACAGAGGAACAUAGAUUGGUUAAGGGAAUCAAGGGUUACGGGUCAAAGGCUGGAGAAUGGGGUGGAGAAAUCUAUCUGCCACGAGCGAAUGGCAGAGCAUGCCAGAUGGGCCAGAUAAACUAAUCCUGCGCCUGUACAUUAUGGUCUUAUGGUUAAUCAGUUUACUUGAUAUACGUGAUAUAAUACAUGAUGCUGUUCCACACAAUAGAUGUCAGUCUUUUCCUGCUUUGUUCCUCAGAACCUUGACAAAUCAGAGUCAACUUGUCUUGUUUAAAAUUUAACCAGUGCUCAGUAGUUAACUACCAGUAAUUGUUAACAUGCAUUCUCUAUGGUAAUGCAUCCAUCAGUCCAAUUGCUAAUCAAUUUAGUAUUGGUAUUUCUUAUGCCUUGUCCAGAUCAGUGGAGGAGAAAAAGCUUUUAAAAAAAAUACCAUUUAUCAACAAUAGUCAAGUUUGUACUACCGAACAAAUAUAAGAAAAAAUUCUGCUUUUUCUCCAUCCUUAGUGUAAUGAUUAAGAAAUUGUUAUGGAGCAGUGACAGUGUCCCUGCCUCUGAGCCAGAAAUGCAAGGUUCUGGUCCCACUCAAAGACCUAAUAAUCAAGGAGGUUCUGUUCAUAACACCUAACGCUUGCCAUGAGUAAGAACGGGAGGGGUUCCUGGUCAGCUAUAUGGAUAGAAAGAAUACGGACCCUAUACCAUCAUCACUCCAAACUGAAGCUAAGGAGAAUGUUGUCAAAAGUGGUACAUCUCUCGCCAGUAGGUACCCAUGGAAAUGGUCCAUAGUGUGAUAAUGUAGCUUUUGGGGUGACCUGGGGUUUAACAGAUUUGCAGUGGAGGCACUGUGUGGGAGAGGUUUGGGUGGGGAGACUGAAGGGCAUCUCGUGAAACCAGGGGCAGCCUCUCCUUUUCCUUAAACGAGAAAAAACUUGGACUUCCUGGAGCUAAGGUCUUUUCCACUGCACACUUAUAUUUGCAGCUCAGAAACUGUACAGGUUUUAAUUAAGCCUGCAGUUAAAAUGGGAUGCAUGUCUCAAUGGACCUCCCAUCUUUAAAUGAGGUUCUAUUCCGUGCCUGAAUUCAGGGAUGCAAAAAUAGCUAGUGGCAGAAACGCACAGAGAUACAGCGUGAGAGCUAGCUUCCCUCUGCCUGCUUCCCCCCCCUCCACCAACAAGUCUUCUGUUACUUUAACACACCACUCACAUGAUUCUCACUGGGAUGGAUUUGGAAUUUGUGGCAGUGAUAAAAUUGGCCCCUUGGUAUGCCAAAUUAAUACUGUACAAACUGGUUGGAUCAGCUGUGUUUAUUGCACAAAGCUUUCAUUGCUGAAGUCUGGAUUCAAACCCCUGCCAGAUGGAUAAGGUAAAAUCUCCCAAUACACAGCAAUGUGGGUGGAGGAUUGGGAAACUCACUCUCAGUCUCUGACCUUGCUACUGUUACUGCAAUGUUGCCUUAUUAGAAAGGUGGAAAUUAGGAGUAGGUCAUUCAGCCCUUUACACCUGCUCUGCCAUUUAUAUCUAUCAAGGCUGAUUCUCUAUCUCAGCACCAUACUCCCUCUCUCUUCGUACCACUUGAUGACUAUGAGGAUAGUUUCAGCACACUGGUCCCACAGUCCAAGCAGAGGCCUUCUUACUGAAACUUGUGACAGUGGAAGCUGAGAGGAUGUUUCCCCUCAUGGGGCUUACAGAACUGAGGGAUACAAUUUAAUAAUUUUGAUUAAGUAUAACUAAAAUUUAACAAUUUAAUGGGGUCUCCCAUUUAGGAUUAAGACACGAAAGAAUUUCUUCACUGAAAGGAUUAGCCUUUGCGGUUUUGUUGUACAGAGAGCAGAGGAGACUGGUUCAUUACACCUAUUCAAGGCUGAGUUAGACAGAUUUUUAAUUGAUGAGGAAGUUGAAGAUUGUAGGAGAUAGGUAAGAAGGUGCUGUUAAGGCUACAGUGCAAACAGCCAUGCUAUUCUUGGGUGACACAGAAAGCCCAAUGGGAUUGAAAUGACCUUCUGCUUGUAUUUGUUAUGACCUCAUGAUAAUCUAGUGCAGAGGCCUGACUUCCACACUACAGUUCAACCCAGGGAAAAACAUAACACCAGGAACCCAUCCACUUUACCUCUCUGCGGCUAUCAUGUUAAUGUUUGAUAUCCUCAGAAAUAAAAACAUCCACAGUAAAAGUAGUCAUUGUGAAGUAAUGAUACUGGUGUCCUCACUGUGCACUGUCAGAGGAACAAUAGCUCCCCACUGCCAGUACAUAGAGAUUGGUCAGACGGAUUUGCUGUUUUUGUUGCCUAGUCUUUCAUGGACUGCAAUUUUUGAUGGCGAGGGGCGAUGCAAGUAGAUGCUGACAGAAUUUUGUUCCUGUGGAGAUACAUAAGUGUGAAAAGCUGGUCAGGGAGAGCUUGUUUCCAUGGAGAUGCCAGUGAACAUGGGAGGCGAGUCUGGCAAUGCACGUUUCCAUGGAGACAACAGCAUGCGACCUUGGUCAAGCUGCUCAUUUCCACAGAGCAAAUGAAACCCUCUGACCUACGGGACAGCAGCACGUAGAAGUUUUAGGUUAAAGGUGAAUCAUGGGGGCUAAGUUGACGUCAAAUCAUACAAAAACUAUUUUAGUGUCUCAUUAGUUCUCAGUAUCAGAAUUGGUACAGGAUUCCUCAUGAACUGUUCAGUGACACCUAUGUGUUUUCUAACUUGUCAUUGAAAUUCAGGAAUGUAGGAAAAGGAAUAUUUUGUGUAACAAACUGCUGGAUGCUGGAUACUUGAAUUUUCCAGGUUAACACUAAUUAGGUUUGGGUAACAGGAUUGUGACUUGCCUCAGAAUAAGUGGAACAGACAAUUAAAAACACAAAUGUUUUACAUAUCAUUGAGAAACAGACACUGUGAAACGAGUUGGUAAGUUUUUAUACUGAAAAACAAAACUCCCUAUUUUGGUGCUUUAAAAGUCUUGUAAUCUUGAUGAAUUUGCAUUUUUUUAGUAAACGUGUUUGACUGCUGGACUCAGCCCAAGUUUCGUAACUUGGUUAUGAGUCGUGACUUGUUUCUGGUUUCAGUAUAAUUCAGUAUAAUUUUGUAUAAGUUAAUUUUCUAUAAUCAGCUUAUGUAAAUAAAAUUUUAAAUAGAUUUAUUACCUACAUCAACAAAACCACUUGUAUUGAACACUGGCAAGUUUUAUUUCUGUUGGAACUGUGAACAUAUUACUGCCAAAGUCCUCCAUGGUUACAUCCGUACAAAAGCACAAUACAUUGAAGCUGAAGUUAAAUUGAAUGACUUUUAAUUUGUAGAAACAAUAAAACUCGGACAAUAUUGAUGACAA